GAGAGAGAGAGAGAGCAAGUUAUUGUGCUAAAGGAAUCAAGCUUCAUCUAACGGAUUAAAAAAACUGAAAUUAAUUGGCUUUAUCUUCUGCUGUAUGACUAAGAAGACAUCACUAUGAGUAAAUCAAAAGACAGCAGCCCCACAUUCUUCCUGGAGACGGAUGACCUGACAGAGGAGGAAAGGGCAAAGGCCAAACAGGUGAAGAAAGGCACCUCAAAGGACAAGAGGCCCAUGGAUUCUAAUUACCUGGAUGAGAUAGACGAGCCUGUGCACACAAUUAAAUUUAAUCUACACUUUGACAGGGGAAUCAGAAAAGUGAAAGAGGAGCCAGCUCAGCAGGACAGAGAGAGGUUUACCCUCAAGAGGCUGUUUGAUGCUGUGUCCAGUGGAGAUGUGUCUAAACUGCAUGGUUUACAUGAGUACCUGCACAAAAACAUGAAACGGCUCACCGACUCUCAAUAUAAGUCCAAUGGAAAGACAGCUCUGCUGAAAGCACUUUUAAAUUUGAAGGAAGGUGAGAAUGACACUAUUGAACAUCUGCUGGAAAUUGCAGAGAAAACGGGAGAUUUAAAAGAUUUUGUCAAUGCUGCCUACACAGACAGUUACUACAAAGGUCAGACAGCACUCCAUGUUGCAAUUGAACAGAGGAGUGCAAACUUUGUACAGAUGCUGGUUAAAAAAGGGGCUGAUGUCCAUGCUAAGGCCUGUGGGAAAUUCUUUCAGCCCAAUCAAGAAACAUGCUUCUAUUUUGGUGAGCUGCCCUUGUCUCUGGCCGCUUGCACUAAUCAGCCUGACAUUGUUGACUUCCUUAUGAACAAUCCAUACCAGGCAGUGGAUGUCAGGGAGAGGGACUCUCAUGGAAACACGGUGCUUCACGCACUAGUAUCCAUAGCUGAUAACAGUCCUGAAAACACAGAGUUCGUCAUUGCCAUGUAUGACCACAUCUUAUUCAAAGCCGACCAACUUCACCCCAAGAUUAAACUGGAGGAAAUUGAAAAUAAUGAAGGACUCACCCCACUCACAUUAGCUGCCAAAACAGGAAAAGUGGGGCUGUUAAAGCACAUCGUGCAGCGGGAGUUUAAGGGGUGCAAACAUCUGUCACGGAAGAUCACGGAGUGGGCCUACGGUCCAGUGUGCUCGUCUCUGUAUGACCUCGCCUCUCUCGACACCUAUGAGAAGAACUCCGCGCUGGAGAUAAUCGUUUAUGGCAGUGAGAUUCCUAAUCGCCUCGAGAUGCUCAAUAUUGAGCCAUUUAACAGGCUGAUUGAAGAGAAGUGGGAGAGAUUUGCGAAACGGAUGUUCUUGUUCAACUUUAUCGUUUAUGUUAUCUACCUUUUUAUCCUCACUGCUGUAGCUUAUCACCGCGAAGAAGGGAAGCCACUAAAGCCUCCAUAUCCUUAUAGAAAAUAUAGCAAAGGCUACCAACUUCUGACAGGACACAUCAUAACUACCAUUGGAGCACUUUACUUCUUUUUUAGAGGGUUAAUAGAUAUGUUAAGAAAGCGUCCAAGAUUUCAGUCCCUGAUCAUAGAUGGAUACACCGAUCAGCUUUUUUUUCUGCAGGCCGUGCUCUUCCUGGCAUGUGCUCUGCUGUACUGCUUUGGUCAGGAUGAAUAUGUGGCCUGUCUAGUUCUGUGUCUUGCCUUGAGCUGGGUAAAUCUACUCUACUUCUCCAGGGGGUCCAAAAAUAUGGGAAUCUACAAUGUCAUGAUACAAAAGAUGGUUCUUGGAGAAAUUCGUCGAUUCCUUGUCGUGUACAUGGUCUUCCUCAUUGGGUUCUCUGCAGAAAACAGAAAUUAUUGGCAGAUGGUUCUUGGAGAAAUUCGUCGAUUCCUUGUCGUGUACAUGGUCUUCCUCAUUGGGUUCUCUGCAGCCGUGGUAACGCUCCUUGAUGAAACAGUCCCUAGUAUGGGACGAUCUUUAUUCGCUCCUAUUACUGGAAAUGAAAACUGUACGAAGCCCUUAUUCAAGAGCAUCUACUACACCACUCUGGAGAUGUUCAAGUUCACGAUUGGCAUGGGAAAUCUGGAGUUCACCGAUCAGUAUAAGUAUAUAGAGGUCUUCUAUGUACUGCUAAUUUUGUAUAUAGUGAUGACUUACAUUUUGAUGCUGAACAUGCUGAUCGCUCUGAUGAAUCAAAGAGUGGAGGAGAUGUCUGUAGAGAGCACCAGCAUCUGGAAACUACAGGUGAAAUCAAAGGCAAACAUGGGUCCUCUUUCUUUCAGUGUGGAGGAAGUCAACUGGAACCAAUGGAACAGAAACCUGGGUGUAGUUACCGAGGAUCCUGGGAAAUGCAUGCCUGUACCUUCCCCAACUAAACUUCAGAGAGAGCCCAGCCGGAGUGGACUCCUGCAAACGUUCAGUAAACGCUGGACACAGAGACCACAACGCAGAGAUGUACAGGAGCUGAGUCCUCUAGCUGAGGCCUCUAGCUCCGUAUAAUGAUGCCUUUAUAAUCUGUAAUCUAUUGCGAUGUAUUUUACAAUUCCCUUUCAGUCCAACUGGUGUAGGAUAUAUGAUAUAGGAUGACUGGUUAAAACUUGACUGAGUUUAAAAAACAUAUGCACUU